CUGCGUGUGUGUGUGUAUAGUCGAGCGUGUGCGUGUGAGUGUGUGUGUAUAGUCGAGCAAAUAUAAAAUCGUAACGUAACGAGCCGAAAGGAGAGGAGAAAAACGUGUGAAAUCGAGGCAUACACUCGGAAAAAGGAACGGCGCUGUCGUCCAAUUUACGUCGCCGUCUUCUUCGUCAGUGUUUGUUGUCGUCGCCUCGUUCGUCCUUAAUAUUAUUUCGUCCUCGUACAACAAGAACAAGAAGAAGAAGAAGAACAACCACAACCAGGAUCACCGCAAUACGCAGUUUCCCAAUGCUUUAAAACGAUUCGGCAACCUCUAAGGAACAAAAAGAAUAUAUACAUCAAAUAUAUAUUAUAUAUAUAAAAAAGACAAGCAGCGAAUCAAGAACCGAAAACACCAAAUAAACAAAGAUAUAAAGAUAAAGAUAUAAACCCAAAGUCAAAGGAGGCUCGCAAAAUUUUUUACAAAUUUGCAAUACAUUUUACAUGAGAAGAAAAGAGAAGGGAAGAGGAGGAGAAAUUGCAAUAGGUGUGUGUUUGUGUGAGUUCGUCGUCGUCUCAGGAUAAUUUUUUCCCCCGGAGAGGCGAACUGUUGUUGCAAUUGGAAUUCGCGGCGAGAGGAGAGAUCUCUAUUGGAAUGGCUCUCUUGGGAGAGCGGCAGGACAUUAGGGAGCAUCAGCAGCAGCAGGAUCAGCAGUAAAUAGGAGCCAGCUCAAAGGAAUCAACAGGGGAGGAUCAGGAAUUAGGAAGCAGGAUAAAGGAAGCGGGAUAAAGAAGCGGGAUAAAGGAAACAGGAUAUAGGAAACCGGAAACAUAGCCCAGGCAAAAACAGGAAUCAUUUAAAUCAGGAAGACAAGGACCUAAGAAACCAGGAAAGCGCCAAAAGAAAGGACCAUGACUACUUUGGAGGAGCCUGUCCUGGCGGUGGACACGGUGGAUCCGUGUCCCCCGGGGCCUCCCAGCCUGAAGACCGUUCUCAGCGACGAUGCCUCGAACUCAUCGGUGCUGGAGGAGAUCGACGUGAGCAAUACGAGCAGCAGCAGCAGCUCCAGCUCCAGCAGCUCCAGUUCGAGCUCUGGAUCCUGCUCGGGCUUGGGAUCGGGAUCGGGCACGGAUACGGACACCGGCAAGGGCAGCAGCACUGUCGGCAGCCUCGAUGUGACCAGCUCCUCGAGCAUCGGAUCGGCGGCAUCCAUCUCAUCGACGGGCUCCACCGCCAUCGCCGGACCCUCGGGCUUGCUAGACGAUUCCAACUCAUCGGGACUGGGAAUCGGUAUGGGAAUCGGUAUGGGUAUGGACAUGGGCAUGGGCAUGGGCAUGGGACUGGUGGUGGAUGUGGACAGUGCCGGGAGCAGCCAGGAGCUGAGCAGCCACGGCGUCACCGAGCUGGACUCGCUGGAGGACUCGUGCAACGGCCUAAUGAUCAAGGAUGGGGAUAAGCUAUGCAAGCUGUGCAGCUCGCGCCUCGUGAUGCCGCGCAUCCUGUCCUGCCUGCACGUCUUCUGCGAGGACUGCCUGCAGGCUGUCGUAUCGAAGGACUCGAUGGCGGCCAGCUCGCCGAACAGCUGCUCGUCGUCCUCGUUCGACGGCAGCGAGAAUCAGCACCGCACUCUGCCCGCACUGCUGCUCGAGUGCCCCGUUUGCAAGCAGGAGACUCCCUUGGGGCCCAAGGGGGUCAAGGGUCUGACCUGCGACUAUAUUGUGACCAACAUACUGGAUCUCUCCAAUCUGGAGUCGGAGCACAUUGUGUGCACGUCGUGCAAGAGCAAAGAGGAGGCCAUUUCGCGUUGCAACGAUUGCGCCAACUUCCUGUGCAACGGAUGCGACAAUGCCCACAAGUAUAUGCGCUGCUUCGAGAACCACCAUGUGGUGCGGAUCGAGGAUCUGACGAAAAACGUCCACGACAAGCUGAUCAUCCACAAGCCCGUGUGCUGCCGCCAGCAUGUGAGCGAGAAUCUCAAGUACUACUGCUUCACCUGCCAGGUGCCCGCCUGCAACGAUUGCCUGCUGAGCGAUCACAAGGGCAGCGAUCAUCACUACGAGACGGCCACGGUGGCCGAGCAGGCGGUUCGCGCCGAUCUCGAGCAGACGUUGAGCGAGGCCCUCAAGAAGGCCGACUACUGCAACGAUGCGGGCGGCAAUUUGGGCAGCGCCCUCACGGAGCUUCAAUCGCAGCACGAUACGGUGCGCCAGCAAAUCGAAGAUGCCUACAAGAGCUACAAGCGCAUGCUCGAAUCGAUCAAGGAGCAGAUGCUCAACGAGCUGGGGCGCCUGCACUCGGAUCGCGAGCUCAAGAUCAUGGAUCUGAUGCAGAGCAUGGAGAAUAAUAUGGGCAAGCUGCAGCAGGCGGCGCAAUUCGGCCAGCGUGCCAUCGACAAGGCCAAUGCCGUCGAGUUCCUGCUGCUCAAGCCGGUGAUCAAUGCCCAGUGCUUGAAUCUCAUGGAGCAGACGCCCAAGUGCGAUGUCAACUAUCAGCUGCAGUUUGACUCGAAGCCGGAGAAGUUUGAGCAAUUCGCCAGGGAGAUGUUUGGCAAGUUCCAAACGGAUCAGAGUGACUCUAGUCCCAAGAAGCAAGCGAUGGCCCAGCAGCAGCAACAGCAGCAGCAACAGCAGCAGCAGCAGCAACAGCAGCAGCAGCAACAGCAGCAGCAGCAUCGUCAAGUGCAGCAGCAGCAGCAGCAACAGGUGCAGCACCAACAAUUGCAGUUGCAGCAACAGCAACACAGCUCUAACAAUCUGAUUGUGGGCCAUCGGGGCAGCUCCUCUGUCCAAGGACGCCUGAGCUCGGCUGUAUUCAGCCCCAUCUCGCUGCCCUCCUCGCUGCAGAGUUCCUUCGAUGGCGACACCAACUCGGUGAUAACCAACUUCUCCAUGAUGGACUCGCCGCCGCAGACAUCUUCGCAGCAGCAAUUGCCAACUGCCCAGCAGCAGCAGCAGCAACAGCAGUCGCAACAGCAGCAACAGGCGGUCGUGCUGCAGCAACAGAAGCACCAGCAACACCAACAACAGCAGCAGCAGCAGCAACAGGUGCUGCACCAGCAGCCAUCAGCACAAUCCAUGCCCCCGCAGAUGGGACAGCUCGUUGCUCCGCAGGGACAGCUCGUCCAGCAGGCUGUCAAUCAUGUCAAUCUCAACUCUGGCCCCGGUCCGAAUAUAUCCAUAAACGGUUUGGGCGCCGGCGGACCGCCGCCCAGUUUCAGCAUGCUGGAGUACAAUAUCUCGCGACUUGCCAGCCUGACGGAACCCAUGCCGGACAGCCUCAACGAUGCUUUGGCCGUGGGGGGAGGUGCCGCUGGACCUGUGCCGAAUGUGGCCCAAGUGCCGGGUGGCUCGGCCGUCGCCGGCGGAGGAGGAGCUGUUGUGGGAGCCCCGCACUCGCAUCAGCAGCAGCAGCAGCAACAGCAGCAGCAGCAGGCCGUAAUGCCGGCAUCGGCGGUAACGCCCACGCAGCCAAUCACCCUGGCGGACAUCCUUUCGGGCGACCAGCGGGCGCUCAACAAUCUACAGGCGCUGGCCAAGCUGGGACUCAACAACAAUGAUGAUGAUCUUUUGUUGAACGGAUCCUCAACGGGCAUUGAUUUUUUGUCAGAUUUCUGCAUGCCACCGGCCACAUCGCCCAGCCUGCAGUCCCUCAAUCCGAUCGUGGGUGGCGUGGAGGACAUGGGACUAAAUAACUUCCAUGCCGUCGCCGCUCCCGGCACCACCAGCGUGGUCACUGGCCGCAACAAGGCCACUCCGAUGCAGAUCCGCUGCAAGUUUGGUUCUUUGGGCACGGCCAAGGGUCAGUUCAAUUCACCCCACGGUUUUUGCCUGGGCGUCGACGAGGAGAUCAUCGUGGCGGACACGAACAACCAUCGCAUCGAGGUCUUCGACAAAAUGGGCGCCCUCAAGUUCCAGUUCGGAGUGGCGGGCAAGGAGGAGGGCCAGCUCUGGUAUCCGCGCAAGGUGGCCGUCAUGCAUAAUAAUGGCAAAUUCGUGGUCUGCGAUCGCGGAAACGAGCGCUCCCGUAUGCAGAUAUUCUCCAAGUGCGGUCACUUCAUGCGCAAGAUUGCCAUCAGAUACAUUGACAUCGUAGCGGGCUUGGCUGUUACGGCUAAGGGUCAUAUCGUGGCCGUGGAUAGCGUGUCGCCCACAGUGUUUGUGAUCUCCGAGGAGGGCGAAUUGGUCCGCUGGUUCGACUGCAGCGACUACAUGCGCGAGCCCUCCGACAUCGCUAUACGAGACAACGAUUUUUACGUGUGCGAUUUCAAGGGCCAUUGUGUGGCCGUUUUCCAGGACGACGGCACAUUCCUCUAUCGCAUUGGCAACGAGAAGGUCACCUGCUUCCCCAAUGGCAUUGAUAUAUCGAAUGCCGGGGACGUGCUCAUCGGCGACUCGCACGGCAACCGCUUCCACGUCGCCUGCUACUCACGUGAGGGCGCCCUCCAGUCCGAGUUCGAGUGUCCCCACGUCAAGGUUUCCCGCUGCUGCGGCCUGAAAAUCACAUCCGAGGGCUAUGUGGUGACGCUGGCCAAGAACAAUCAUCAUGUUCUAGUCCUGAACACCCUCUAUGUUCACUGAUUGCAAAUCAAAGCGCGCAACAAUCGUCCAUCAGUCGAUAUGAACAAAUACAACUACAAAUACUCGUCGGGCAAGAUAUACGGAUGCCGACGUCAGCAGCAAGCAACCAACAUCGGCAACAGCAACAGCAACAGUAAUAGCAACAUCAACCUAUUGGCAAGGACUCAGCCUCAACUAUGCAACAGCAACAUGAGCAACAUGAGCAACAUUAGCCUCAUUUGCAACGGCAGCAACAUCAAUCAACAGCCGUCGUCGACGACAACACCAUCAGUCAUUUAAUAGAAGAGUUAAGCAAGAAUUAGCAGUGUGUUGCUAAGCAAGAAAAGCAAGCAAAACAAGCUGAAGCAACAACAUUAUGAACAGCAAUUGCAAUAAUCCAGACAUAUAUAUAGGACAAAGUAUAUAUAUGUGGAAAAAGGGGGAAAGCAAAAUCUCGAAACACCAAAAAUCCUUUUAAAUCACAACAAGAAACGUUGCCGUUUCAUGAGCCACAGCAACUGUAUAAAACAAAAAACGAAAAACAAAAAACCAAUAACAAAAUGAUAAACAAAAUGCAACAAAUACUA